AUGUCCAUCCCAGGGACACAGCGUCCCGAGCUUUUGGCCACCAACCGCUCCAUCCUCUUCUUCGGCCACCGAGGGUUCCUGGGCUUCCGCUCCCUCUACCUGGAUGAGUACCGCGACCGGCUCUUCGUCGGAGGGAAGGACACGCUCUACUCCCUGCUCCUGGGCAGGGCCAGUGCUGACGCCAAGGAGAUCUACUGGCCACCGCUCCCUGGGCAGACGGAGGGGGGUUUUCGGAAGGGGAAGGACCCAGGGUCCAGCCGCGCUUUCGCCAGCACGGUCAUCGGCGGGGAGCUGUACGCUGGCCUCACCGCAGAUUUCCUGGGCCGUGAUCCCGGCAUCUUCCGCAGCACCGGGACCCGCUCUGCCUUGCGCACCGAGGUGGACCAGCGCUUACUCAACGACCCCAAAUUUGUGGCAGCCCACUUGAUCCCAGACAACAAUGAUCGGGACAACGACAAAGCCUAUUUCUUCUUCACGGAGAAGGUGGUGGAGGCAGACAGCAAGGAGCAUGCCAUCGUCAGCCGAGUGGCACGGGUCUGCGUGAACGACGCUGGAGGCCAGAGGGUGCUGGUCAACAAGUGGAGUACCUUCAACAAAGCCCGACUGGUGUGCUCUGUCCCUGGCCCCGGUGGGAUUGACACCCACUUUGAUGAGCUGGAGGAUGUCUUCUUGCUGAGGACAAAGGAUGGGAAGAGCCCGGAGAUCUACGCCCUCUUCAGCACCAUCAGCCAUGUCUUCCAGGGCUCUGCUGUCUGCGUGUACCGUAUGGCUGAUGUCCGGGAGGUCUUCAAUGGGCCCUUCGCCCACCGGGAGAGCCCCCACCACCAGUGGGGUGCCUACGAGGGCAGGGUGCCCUACCCACGGCCGGGCGUGUGUCCCAGCAAGACCACCAACCAGCCCCGGCGGCAGUACGGCACCACCAAGGACUUCCCCGACGACGUGCUGCACUUCGCCCGCGCUCACCCCCUCAUGUACAAGCCCGUGUACCCCCGUCACCGCCAGCCCCUCCUAGUGAAGACUGACCUGCCCCACCGCCUGCGCCAGCUCGUCGUGGACCGCGUGGAAACCGAGGAUGGGCAGCACGACGUCCUCUUCCUCGGGACAGACGUUGGCUCGGUGCUGAAGGUGGUGGUCCUGCAGAAGACAAGCUCGGCCGUGACUGAGGAAAUUGUCCUGGAGGAGCUGCAGGUUUUUAAGGUGCCUGUGCCCAUCACCCAGAUGGAGAUCUCCGUCAAGCGUCAAACGCUCUACGUGGGCUCCAGCCUGGGGGUGGCCCAGGUACGGCUGCACCGGGGUGAGACCUACGGCACUGCUUGCGCCGAGUGCUGCCUGGCCCGGGAUCCCUACUGCGCCUGGGACGGCACCGCCUGCACCCACCACCAGCCCUCUGGCAAGCGCCGCCAUCGCCGCCAGGACGUCCACCAUGGCAACCCUGUGCACCAGUGUCUAGACCAGAACCUGACUGUGGAUGAUUUGGAGAGCGCUGAGCAGAAGGUGCUCUACGGGGCGGAGGACAACAGCACCUUCCUGGAGUGCACACCCCGGUCCCCGCAGGCCAGCGUGCAGUGGUUUGUCCAGCGGCCCCCCGACGAGCAGCGGGAUGAGGUGAGGCUCCCCCCGUGCCUGCCUUGCUGCCCGCGCGCGAGGACAGGGGAGGGACACCGCAAGAGCAAGCUGGCCCAGGCCAAGCACGCCCUGGCUGGCGUGGAUGUGGGCAAGAAGGGACGGGCGGCCAAACCCCACGGUGAGAGGAACCGCGUGCCCCGGCAAGCGGUGGCCACUUAG